CUCCUGCUCCUGUCUGUCAGCCGAGCUCGGCGAGCGUGGGUGCUGGGGAGCCUGGCCCUUUAAGGGAUCAGGUGACAAACACCAAGCGUCACCCCUCCCUGGAUGACAUCUCCCGGGUAGCACGGGGAGCCCAGCGGGUGUUAGCCGGGUCACUGCCCGGCCCAGGGAGCACCGGCCGCGGGACCUGUGGCAUGCAGCGGGCAGCACUGCGAGCCAUGGAUUAACUCCGGAUCAGGAUCUGGAUUUAAACUGGAGGAGGGGGAGAGUUAGACUGCUCAGGCUGGGAGAGCAACUUAAUCUGGAUCAGGAUCCAAACCACAGAGAUUUCCUUGCGAUCACCAAUCUCAACGCUGUAACUGACGUUCGUUCUCCAUCUCCAGAAGUCAUGGAAUCCAGGGUCCCAUCCCCCAUUCACCUGUGGAGCCCACGUCCGUUUGGGUCAUAUUCUACAAGUCUCCCUUCAGGUGGUAAAGGAAGUAGCGCUGAGGCAAACGUGGAAGAUGUGAAGCCACCAGAGGAAGAAAUUCCUCCUUCGGAUAUUCCCCAUUGUCAAAGUGGAGAUGAUCGUGUACUCUUGGAUACUUGGUAUGUCAUCAAGCCAGGGAACACAAAGGAGAAAGUGGCAUUCUUUGUGGCCUACCAGUGUUCGGAAAAUGGAGCCUCAUCACGUCCGGGCGGUGCAAAGGUUAAAGGUCGAUGGAGUGCAGGAGGCAGCUCUAGGGCUAAGAGACGACGCCAUGCAAUUGAUCCAGAAGCUUCUCCAUCAGUGGCUGAGAUGGUGGCAUUGGCGGAAAGUCGCACUGCUGAGGUAGUGGAGCCUAGACCCCCUCUGGUUCUAGUGACCUCCUCAGAUGAUCAGGAAGAAGGCCAGUGUCGGAGUGUGGCAGAGGCAGUUGCCCAGUAUGAGGCAGAACAUGCAGAACGUGAGGUGCGCAUUGCCUUCAGAGUGGCUGAACGACCAGGGGAUCCCAUCACUUGUGACCUUUAUCAGUUGUUAAGCCCUGAACCACACCGUGUCCGUGUCUUACUGGAAAAGAUGGAGACACCUCAAGCUGACCGAGCCGAUGAAGCACAGGCCACUGCUUCUGCUGCUGGCUUUCAUGUGGACUUGGUGCUAACCGGUGCUGUUGACCGCUGUGUCUUCUAUGGCGGUGAAGCAGGAGAAACAGAACCACUACCUGGCCAGCUUUUCUUCCCACGUCUUUCUACUGCCCCUCCGCCUCCACCUCCCCCACCCCCACCAGUGCCACCCCUCUGUCGUCUUUACCGUCAUGUUUCCCAUGAUUUCCUAGAGAUCCGCUUCCAGGUACAGCGGCUUCUUCAGCCACGCCUUUGUCUCUCAGUUUUGCCGGACCAUGUCCUUCUGGCUGUUUUUGGCUACUUGUCCACACGGGCACUAGCUGCUGUUAAGUGUACGUGCCGGCGUUUUCGGGCUCUAAUUGAGGACUAUGGGGUACGACCAUGCGAUUCACGAUGGAGCAGGGACCCCCUAUACCGAGAUGAUCCAUGUAAACAAUGUAAGCGUCUAUACCGGAGGGGGGAUGUUUCCAUGUGCAGAUGGCACCCAAAGCCAUACCACCACGACCUGCCUUAUGGCCGUUCCUACUGGAUGUGCUGCCGCAAACCGGACAGGGCAGCACUAGGUUGCCAACUGGGACUACAUGACAAUAACUGGGUGCUACCAGGAGAGUGUACCCGGGGAAGAGGAAGAGGGCAUGGGGAGGGUGAUGAAGGCAGGUGAAAUGAGAAGAAUGGGGACUCUGCUGUGUGAAAGUUUGAAUAAAAGGGAUUAUUUAUAAGUG